UGUAGACAAAAUGAAUUAUGAGACCUCGUGGGAUGACUUUAAACAGGUCGCAAAAUUCUUUAAGGACAACCCGGGAGAGUGGGAACUAGCGGUGUUUGACUGGGCCAAAGCCUAUCAACAACUCCCAGUUCAUCACAGCCAAAGGAAAUAUCUCAUUAUUAAGGAUUUUGAAGGCAGGCUGUGGGUGGAUCUUGCGGUCGGAUUUGGAGGUGUUGCGAGCUGUGGAGUCUUCGGGGCGCCAGCCUAAGAAGAACCACGAGUUCGGUGAAGAACAACGGUUCCUCGGCUUCAUAAGUCGAGAAAUUUGUCGGCCGACUAUGUCACACGGUUCACAUAGUGCCCCACAUGGCAGCGUACUGCCCAAUAGUUCCUAAUCCCAGGGCUGAAAAUGUAGGAUGGGUUGGGGACGCAGCGUCUUUGGUGAUACGAUGUGCGUUCGGGCGUUGUAGAAUCGGAGUUCUCGUAGGGGACUUUUGGGCUUGCUUCAAAUUCGUGAAAGAAUG